GCACACGAUUCGGCUCUGCAUGGAAGAGGCUACAAAAUUGAGGGAACAUAUUCAUCAUAUGCAUGGUAAAGAAAAGAAAAAUCCUAGCGAAGUCCAAGCAUCGCGUGAGAAAUUUGGUAAUGUUUCAGAGACAGAAAAACUGGUUGGCCAACAGGACAUUCAAUCCAAAAGAGAACUGACUAAAAGUACACCUACGGAGACUGAAGAGGCAGAGAAACUGCUUGGCCAACAGGAUAAACCAGAAGGUGAACUGACUGAGAGUACAACUAAGGAGUGUGAAGGUUCUGUUGAGUCAAUUGCUCAGCUGCGGCAGAUACAACUCGAUUCAAGCAAAGUCAAUGACAAGACAGACCUAAAAGUUGAGUUGAAGAAAAUUGCUUCAGACAAGGGCUUCAGAAUUGUUGAUAAUGAAGGAUCAGGAAAUUGCAUGUUCUAUGCUUUGUCAGAUCAACUGGAAAUUGCUAUGGGAUUCAAAAUCAGACCUGAGGAAUUAAGACGAAUAUUGGUCCAGUACCUCAGAAAAAACCCGAAACUACCGGAUGAAACAGAUCUGUUUUACUUCGUCGAUGGACAUCAAUCAUGGGCUGAUUACUUAACGUACAUGGAGCAAGAUGGCGCUUGGGGUGACCAUGUAAUUCUUUGUGCCGCAGCAAACUGCUACAAAACUUGCAUUCAUGUGGUCAGCAGUCUUUCCGCUGAUCACGAUGUUAUCUUACGGCCACAGUGUCCUGCUGAAAAUAGCAGGACACUUAUGUUGGGACACAUCCAUGAAGAACACUAUGUCAGCCUUCAUUCCGCACAAGAGGCAGAGAAACUGGUUGGCCAACAGGAUAAACCAGAAGGUGAACUGACUGAGAGUGCAACUGAGGAGAGUGAAGGAUUCUUCGUGAGCUAUAUUAAUGCUGAAGCACAGCAACAACGACAACAGUAUCAUGACAUCAUAGAAAAAACCGAAGCGUUUGAAACUCAUCACAAGGAAUGUAUCAGGGUAUUGCCAUACAAAGAUAAACGAAAUGGUCAGGUAUCCGUUGAACUGUACGUGUUAUGUGACAUUAAAUACAUACCAAAAGAGUUAAAAGAAGCUGCACGAAAUUCCUUUGAAGAGAUGAGCGUGAAGCUGAUAUGGACGAAUCUGUACAGUGGAAUAUCUGAUGUGCCAAACAUCACCCCUGGAGUGUCAAGAAGAUUGGAAAAAAAAAAGGCUGAGCAAAUUAGUAAGAUCAUAGACUCUUCUCUACCCACAUUAUUUAACGAGCAUCGUAACAUCACUGCAGUGUACCCUUCUCUCAAAGUAACAGAUUCAAAGCGGGCAAAGGAGCCUUGCAUCGUGGUUAAUGUUCUUGGCAAAGGUCGCGUCCCAAUCGGCGAAACUAACAUUCCGAAGACUAUCAAAGGUUUUCCGGUAGACAUCGUGGAGGGAUUUUGGGUUAAAACAGCGGACCGACCCAAUCCAAUUAAGCCACAAAAAAGGAUGGAACACCUGUGCUUAGGAGCAAGCAUUGGCAUCAGAGGGGUUAAUAAUUAUGGGACCUUAGGUGUUUUUUUGAAAGAAGGUGAAGACAAAUUUUAUUUGCUCUCUUGUGAACAUGUUAUUGGAGACGUAAAGGGAACCGAAAUAAUACACCCUGGGUGGCUCCACUACACGAAUUCGUUUCAGACAUACUUAGGUAAAUGCAAACAAUUGUUGAAACGGAUGACCGGUAACGAAACCGAACUGUCUCCUGAUAAUUGGCAACCCACCCAACUAGGUGAGUUGGAAGGUGCACUUUACCAGGUGCAAAAGAUAUCAGAUCGAAUCCCUCCAGAGAUGAAAAACACUGGAUGUUAUAAAGAUUUCAGGAAGUAUGUAGAAGAAUUGAAAGAGCUUGUCAGUAAUCCCCCAAGGGUUAUAGCAACCCUCUCGUAUGGUUUCUACGGCAACGUGCUAAUAGAGCGCAGUUUCGGUCAAGAAGAUCUAAGAUUUACCAUCGAUGCAGCAGUUGCUGAGUUGAAAAGGGAGGAAGUAGAAGCUCUCAAAAGAAAUAUUUUUGUCCAAAUGAUUGGCACUGAAGAUUACCCGCGCGGCGGUGUUAUUGAGACGGAUGAAGUCCCAGAUACAUCGGUUGUGAGAGAAUGGUGUAAGAGUGGAGUUACCACUAGACACACUUUGAUAAAUAAUUCUUUUGCCCCUUCCCCGAUCGUAUUGAUGCCUGAACGUAGUAAGAGAGUGGUUCGGUCCAGCCGUCUCACGAAAGAAGGGCUUCUAGUGGGUGAUCCUGUUGAAUGGGAAAGCCAUUUAUCCAUUGACAACAUAGACAAACCAUUCAGUGACAAAGGUGAUUCAGGAGCAGUAAUUUUUGAAAAAAGUAAAAUGUCAGGGUUCGGCAUUGUUGUUGGUGUUCAGUAUGAGGAAAGAAGACUUAGUAAGACCAUUGUGUCACCAUUAUACAUUGCUCUCGAAACACUGUCAUCAUUAGAACAGAGAAGGAACUUGCAAAUAGUUUUAGAUAAAUUUGGGUAAUUUUACUCUCUCUCUCUCUCUCUCUCUC